UCUACCUAAAGCUUUGACAAGCAGGACGGAGAAGAGACAAGCAUUUGAAAUAGGAGGCCCAUGGAGAAGUUUAAGCCUUUGCUGGACCUGCAAAUCAAGCACCGCACCUCGCUGCUCUAUGGCCUCACCAGCCUGCUGACCGCGGGCGGCGAGCGCCUCUUCUCCACGGUGGUGUUCCAGUGCCCCUGCACCGCUGCCUGGAACCUGUGCUAUAGCUUGGUCUUCCUGCUGGUGCCAGCGCUCGUGCUCUUCCUCCUGGGCUAUUUGCUUAGUGCACGAACUUGGCACGUGCUGACCGGCUGCUGUGCCUCGAGCACCCGCGCAAAAUGCCCCUCAGGGUGUCGCGGCGCCCUGGUGUUGUUGAAGCUCACCGCCUCUGCAGCUUUCGUGCCACUCACCUGGGUGGCCGUGGCGCUGCUGGGCGGCUCCUUCUAUGAGUGUGCAGCCAGCGGAAGCAAGAUCCUUGCACGGCGCUUGUGCCAGAAAAUCUCUCAGUGCCAGAAUGUCUCCUCUCACUGCUACAAUGUCUCCUCUCAGUGCCUGGAGCAGCUGCCGCUGGUGCCUUGCUCCCAAGCCAAGGAGUCCAGCGUGCAGGACCUCCUGAAGGAUCUCAAGGCUGAGUCUCAGGUGUUCGGCUGGAUCCUGAUAGCAGUUAUUAUCAUCGUCUUCCUGCUUUUGACAGCAGUCUCUCGAUGCCUAUCUCCAGUUAGUUUUCUGCAGCUGAAAUUCUGGAAAAUCUAUUUGGAACAGGAGCAGCAGAUCCUUAAAAGUCAAGCCACAGAGCAUGCAACAGCAUUGGCAAAAGAGAAUGUCACAUGUUUCUUUGAGAGCUCGCAUGCAAAGGAAAUCCACAUUCCAAGCAUUAAAGAAUGGCAGCAGAUUUCAUCACUACAUACUUUCAAUCCGAAAGACCCGUACUACAGCAUGUUGCACAAAUAUGUUAACAGAAAAGAGAUGAGUCACAGUAUCAGGUUUUGUGAAGGUGAUGAGGUGGUUCCUGAACCUGGCUCUGUGGAUUUAGCUGGUAUAAGCACCACUAGAGAUUUAUAACCUUAAAAAAAUCUUUCGCAAGCUUCACUUUCUUCGGAGACCAUCUCCAGCUAGUUCAGGGGCCCCAAGGUGUGAGAGGUGUCGACGCUUGAAGAAACGAGAGACACACUCACAGCAAGGCUGAUGGCAUGGCUCUGGCUCAGACUUUAUUUUUAUAUCAUGUUGCGUAAUGAUUCUUUCUUCUUACAAUAACAAGUUUGUUGUUCACUUUCUUCUAGUUAUAACUUCUUUGAUUUCCAAGGGCAUAUUCAGAGCAUGGGUUACAACCAUAGACAGGUGCGAGAUAAUGGGCUUCCCACACAAGCCAAGGUUUGGAGUGCUGUCCAGCUAUGCAGAAAUUGGCUACACAAGCUAGAGUAUUACCUUCCUAAUCUAAUCUUUCCUAGGAGCCCCAAGUUCAAAGCAGGCCCUUUUUAAAAUGUAUCCCCUCUUUGCAGUUCUUUCUGUAACUCUAAUUUCUUUAUUGUACUUAUUCAAAAGUUCACUUAAAUCUAUUCUACAGUUUUGACCUCCUAACCAUUGUAGUAUUUGUAGCAUAUAUUGAAUUAAAGCUUUAUUAACAUUUGCCUUUUUUUUUUUUUUUUGGUGGGAGGUAUAUACCAGGGAGCGUGUUGCCUUUUAAUUCUUUUCCACAAACAGCUCAGCCUUGCAUAAAGCAUUAACCCUUUUUCCUACACUAACAUUCUGCUUGAUUAAAAUUCUACAAAGCAAUGGACAUUUUGGAGGUUAUGAGACUAAGUGCUCUUCCCUAAAAUUAGGAAUACAGCAAUCAUUAGCAGGAAGCUCUGGCUUUCUUAGGCAGAGUAUAGUUCCCAACAAACCUAAAACCACCACAAGGACUGCAGCUGUCAUUCUCAUGCCUUGCUGAGACAGACCUUCUGCUGUGACCUUGUCAGCCAGCUGAAGUUGUCUUGGCCUCACCAACAUUCUUAAAAAUAUAUUGAUAUUGCUUAUGACUGUCUUUUUUCUUUCCAUAUUGUAGUCAUUUAGAUCUGAAAUUAAAAUGUGGAGAUUAGGGGCUAACACUGUGGUGUAGCUGGUAAAGCCACCUCCUACAGUGCUGGUAUCCUUUAUGUGCACAGCUAUGUCUUUCGUGGCCAUCUGAGGAGUGAAUAAGUAGAUGCAAGACCUCUCUUUCUCUCUCUGUAUAACUCUGACUUUCAAAUAAAGAAAUAAAUCUAAAAAAUGGAGAUUAAUAUAUAUUUUGACAAGCAGAGUUAGACAGAGAGAGAGAGACAGAGAGAGAGUUAUAGACAGAGAGAGAGACAGAGAGAAAGGUCUACCUUCCAUUGAUUCCCUCCCCUAAUGGCCACCACUGCGCCGAUCCGAAGCCAGGAGCCAGGUGCUUCCUCCCGGUCUCCCAUGCGGGUAUAGGGACCCAAGCACUUGAGCCAUUUUCACUGCCCUCCUGGGCCACAGCAGAGAGCUGGACUGGAAGAGGAGUAACCGGGAGUAGUACCUGGCAGCCCAACUGGGACUAGAACCCCGGGGUGCCUGCACCGCAGGUGGAGGGUUGGCAAGUGAACCACAACGCCAGCCAGAGAUUAAUAUCUUUAUUAAUUAUUCAACAAAUAAGGCAAAACACACACACAC